GCUGAAAGGAAUAUCUAAUUAGAAGCAGCAACUAGGAUUGGGUUCCAUAAGAAACCGGUUCAAUCUCAUCCCACUCCUCUCUACCCGUCUACCGGCCAUCAAUUAUUUCAGGCUUUGAAAUAUAAAUAAAAAUCCCAAAAGCCGGUUCCCACUUCCCAAAGCCAACUUCGAUAUGGACGAUAGUUUUAAACUUCGAGUGCAAAAACUCUUCGGAUCUCUCCAAUCAUCGCAUUCUUCAUCUCAGCAGCAGCAGCGGCCCCCUCUCUGGUCUCUCUCGGACGACGAGAUCGAGAGGAGGGAAUGGAGGAGAGAAUCCACCGUCGAUCGUGAGGAUAUAUUGUGUUCGUCGUCUUUUGAUCAGUUCUUGAAGGAGGAAAGGAAGUAUAGGAGUGGGAGGCGUAAAGAACUGGAGGAUGAUCUCGAUAACGAUGACGGCGACGGCGAUGAUAGAGGUUCGAGUCAGUCGCGUAGUAGAAAAAUCGACGAUCAUGGAGAUGAGUUGGAUAUCAGAUCUUAUAUUGGAAUGGAUUCCACUCUCGACAAUGAGGAAGAGGAAGAUGAAUAUGACAUAGUGGCUUCAGGCAGGGAAAAGGCAGGUGAACGCCUUUUUAUGAGUGACGUUUCUGAUCAUGGGUCUUUUUUGAAUUCUCAUAAUAUCCUUCAAAGAGCAUUCAACAAUACCAGUAGCAAGGACCACCGCGCAAAUCAUAUGGCAGCAGAAAUCAGACUAAAAGAAGAUGAUGAAGAAGCUCAGAAGGUUAAUGAUUGUGGUAUGUCAAAUUCAGAAAUUAGAGAAUUAUCAGACGUGAAGGCAUCCGAUAAUGGCUGCGAGUUGAGGUCUAUAUUAAAAAGAAAGAACACCGGUACAGAUUCCAAGCCACAAAAGCGUGUGAGGUUUGACUGUGCUUUUAAAAAUGAUUUGGAAGAGCAGUUUGAAAAGUCUGAGGAUCAUCAUUCUGAAGAUUCGGACGUAUCGCUUCCUGCUGAAAAUGACAGAGGACUUCCAGAUUAUUUACGUAAUCCUUCUAGGUAUACAUGUUAUAGCUUUGAUUCAUCAAAUGAGGUUGGUGAAGAAUCUAAUGCUCAAACUUCGAAGGAUGUCCUUAAGCUUGUUCCAAACUCAAAAUCUACAGAAUCAUUGUAAGAGCCUGAGGAAACACCUCGUGAUCUUCCAAAGUCGGUGACAUUUAUCCCAAAGAGAAAAUCUGGCAUCCUUCAACUAGGAAGCGGUAUCAGUGAAUUCGGGAAAAGGAAGAUGACUGUAAGAAGCAGUAUCAGUGACAUCGAGGACGGUGAAGAUGCUACACCAGAAACAAGUACAACAAAUGGCACUCCAGUUGUACGAAAAGGUGGCCGCAGUUAUAGAGUAAAAUCACAGCCAGAGGACAUUGACCUAGAGGGCUGAAGAGAACAACUUUCAACCAUUUAAAGGUUUGCUACUAAAAUCUCUUGAAGUAGUUCUAAGUUUAUACUGUUUCCCCAAGUUCCUUUUUUUUUCAACCACCAUCAUAACCCUUUAACCGUUAUGUUAAUACAGUCUAUUAGAAUGAUUGAGCGUUAACGUAUGCGUGCCUGAUGUUAA